CAGAUACAUGGGGCUGGAGCAUUAGGCGAUGUGUGUUACAAGUGAAUGAUGAGUUAAUCUGGGAGUGUGCAGAAUGCUGUGUCUUGCGUGGGGUGGGACAAUCAGAAAGCAUGUAGACAGUCUGCAAGUUGUGACCAGCUCUCCCAGCUACUGCUACACUGCAAUCCCAGGCAGCAGCUCCUGCACCAUGCACCCAGCUCCCUGUCUGACCGCCCAGAUGGUGCCGCUGUAUCUGCCCACGCCGGACACCUGCUGGAACCCAGAGGGCAUCUGAGCCCAGUGGAUGAGGGGUCCAUUUCAGGAUGAACGUCUGCCAUUAUGAUAAACGGAUGGACUUUUUCUACAACCAGAGCAAGUCGCAGACGGAGGACGAUUGGACGGGGACCAAGCUGAUCUUGCUGUUCUGUUUCGGGGCCUGCUGCUGUUUGUUCAUAUUCGUCUCCAACCUGCUGGUCAUUGCCGCUGUCGUCAUCAAUAAGAGAUUCCACUACCCCUUCUACUACCUGCUAGCCAACCUAGCCGCUGCAGACCUCUUCUCUGGCAUCGCCUAUGUCUUCCUCAUGUUCCAUACAGGGCCCGUGUCCAAGACACUCACCGUACACAGGUGGUUCCUGCGCCAGGGCCUCCUGGACACGAGCAUGUCCGCAUCGCUGGCCAAUCUUCUGGUCAUUGCGGUAGAGAGACACAUGUCCAUCGUUCGGAUGAGAAUCCACAGCAACUUCACUAAAAGGCGAGUGACGUGCCUCAUUUUGCUGAUCUGGAUCGUGGCCAUUUUCAUGGGCGCCGUGCCCACUUUAGGCUGGAACUGUAUCUGCAACAUCACCACGUGUUCCUCCCUGGCGCCCAUCUACAGCAGGAGCUACCUCACUUUCUGGACUGUCUCUAACCUGGCGGUUUUCCUAAUCAUGGUGGUGGUCUAUCUGCGGAUCUACAUGUACGUGCAGAGGAAGACCAACGUCUUGUCCCCGCAUACCACGGGCUCUAUUAGUCGCAGGCGGACUCCGAUAAAGCUGAUGAAGACGGUCAUGACUGUACUGGGUGCCUUUGUCGUGUGCUGGACCCCAGGGAUGGUGGUUCUUCUCCUCGAUGGGCUGAACUGCACGCAGUGUGGGGUACAGCAAGUGAAGCGGUGGUUCCUUCUGCUUGCCUUGAUGAACUCUGUUAUGAACCCCAUCAUCUAUUCCUACAAGGACGAUGAGAUGUGGAGAACCUUCAAAGGAAUGAUCUGCUGUUUCGGCUAUAGGGGAAACCGCCGCGCCUCAAGGCUGCCGUCUACAGUACACAGCACGCGCAGUACGGACACCACAAGCUAUUACUUAGAAGAACUCAGUAACCACUUCCCGCCAGAAAUUAAAAAAUCGCCCUAAAGGUGCAAGAAGUCUCCGCGACGGGUUCCCGGAGGAACUUACAGCCCAAACAAGGAGUUUUUUGUUUUAAUUAUUUAUAUCAUAAAGAGAAAAAAUUACAAUAUCCGAAACAUUCCGCGCAGAAGUACAAGGAUCAGAAAGGACCGGUAAAUGCCAUGUAAACGUACACCCGUGGGGCGACUCCUGACAUUUUGUUGUUGACUCCAGAUCCUUAAUUCUUCUCAGGAAUUCAGUGGCUCAUUCUGCGGCCCAUCUGGCACAACUGGAUCUACAGUGUGAGCAGUAAUUUGGGGCCAGAGCUUUGGAAAUAGAGGAACGUGGACUUUGGACUGGCAGAUUCUGCUACUGCUGGCGAACGCAUUCUGGGAGCCGCCCAACACAGGGCAAGACCCCCCAGCAAGCAAAGGGCCACCCAGCGAUGCAAUUAGGAAAGUUAGGGAAGCCCCCUACAGAUGCAGCCAGGCUGUGUAUGCGAGUGCUCUGCAGCCAUUUUUUGCUUCGCAUCGGCUGCGUGACAUCACAAAAACAAAAUGGUCCGGACAAGCCUGCGUUGUCCGGACCACUCCCAAAAAAAGCAACGUCGACACCCCCUCCCAACGACCACCACUGUUAAUCAUAGUGCAAUCGCAUCCCUCCGGCCACUGCGCACAAGUUUGAAAAUUGCGCAAUUGCAAUUUUCCUACUUCUGCAUCCCUUACUGAAAGAGGGCCUUUAUCCGCAGUGCUUUGUACAGGGGCAGCUUUACCCUAAGAUAUAGGGGGUAAUUCAGACCUGAUCAUGAUCGGAUCCUAACUGGGCAUGUGUAUGCACCGCAAUGCGCACGUGCGUCGGACAACAACAACGGUUAUCGCCGGUUAGCGACGGGAUGGUGCGAAAAAUCUGAUCACACGGGCGUUUGCAAGGUGAUUGACAGGAAGAGGCCGUUUGUUGGUGGCAACUGAGUGUUUGCUGGGAGUGUUCGGGAAAACGCAGGCGUGCCCAAGCGUUUUCAGGGAGGGCGUUGACGUCAGCUCCGGCCCCGAUCAGCCCGUUCUCAUCGCACUGGGGGAGUAAGUCCUGGGCUGCGCAGAGACUGCACAAAGUGGAUUUUUGCAGCUGGGCGUACACAUGCGAUCGCACACUUGCACGUGAAUAUACACUCCCCCUGUAGGCGGAGACUAUCUGAUCGCAGGACAGCAAAAUGAGCAGCCCAGCGAUCAGAUCUGAAUUACGCCCAUAGAACAUUCGGGAGAUUUGCUGUACAUUUAGGAUUCUCUGCAUCGUCUUUCUCUGUCUACGAAGUUUAGGGGCCUAUUUAUUAAUAUAAACAUUAUGGCCCUAAAAAGUAACAUUGGUUAUCGCUGCAGAUUGGAAUGUUUUAUGUUUCCUAUUUAUUGACCUACCCUAAGCGGUUGUUUCCCCAGUCCCACCGGAACCAAACGCUGUAAGCACAGGCGCACCCCGGGGGGACAGUACGGACAAGUACAAAUGUAGCAUAAUCCCUACAGAGAAUAACAGACUGCAAAUACAGGAGAUAUCUCUGAUUAGGUUCCUCUUAAAUAGCCCUGAUAGCUAAAGCAGCCAGACGCUGCCGCUUCCACAAGAUUUUAUGGUAGAAGGGGCUUUAUACAAAGGCGCGGUAGAAUAUAAACAAAAUGUACGAGCCUUGGCCCUGUUUAUGCGAGGACAUAGGUCUGGUUACAGAAGGAACAUUCUGGAAGUCUUAGAAAGCAAUUUGUGUCACUUUAACUUAAUAGCUAUAACUGCCGACUAAAUAGCCUUAGAACAAUCUCCGUGUUAACAUCAUUGUGCACUCAGUGUGAUAGGGAAAACAUUUCCUGCGGUUUCUAAUGCUGCCUGGCAGGAGGAAAACAAGAUAAUUAAAACAGCAAAAUAGAGAUAUUUUAUCCUCCGUGGUCUGUGAUCCGGUGCAAUUAUAGCAAACACUAAUAUGUGAUUGCUCCCUGCUCCGAUCCAGAACGUCUGCUCGCACAGAUGUCCAGAGACUGAGAGUUAUUGUUCCACAACGAUCUUCAUAAAACCAUUGGACUUGCUUCGGUUAAUCAUUUCUCUCCCUCAAGCAGAAUCAUUUUCUAAUGGUGUGUUACUGGACAGAGGAAUGGGUGCCGGCGCGGAACACACCGCCGGGAAAGUGUACCUAUGACCUCAUAAGUGUGAUCUGCUGGUAUUAGUGGAACUGUAUAGUGCGGGAUCGUGGCCUAAUUCAAUGUUGGCGCACUGUUCCCAGCACGCCGGGCUGGGUGUAUGUGACCGUGGUUUGCUGCUCAGAUCAAGACGAUAUUUUGCUGUUUGUUAAUAAAGUUUCUUGUUCCCUCA